AUGAUUGAUCAAGCGGACCAGUUCAUUAAUUUUUGUCGUUCUCUGCCUCCUCUCCCCCCUAAAAACAAAAUAAAUAAAAACCCAAUAGGCACCGCUGCUGCUGCUGCUGCUGCUGCUGCUUCUGUUGCUGCAGCAGCAUCAGAAACUAUAGCAGCAUCAUCCCCCGAGGAAGCAGCAGCAGCAGCAGCAACAGCAGCAACAGCAGCAACAGCAGCACCAUCAGCACGAGCGUCAGCAGCAGCAUCACCCCGUGCCGCAGCAUCACCCCGACCCCCACCCCCACCAGCAGCAGCACCAGCAGCUGCUUCUGUUGCUGCAGCAGCAUCAGAAACUAUAGCAGCAUCAUCCCCCGAGGAAGCAGCAGCAGCACCAGCAGCAGCAGCAGCAGCAGCAACAGCAGUACCAUCAGCACGAGCGUCAGCAGCAGCAUCACCCCGUGCUGCAGCAUCACCCCGACCCCCACCCCUACCAGCAGCAGCAGCAGCAGCAGCAGCAGCAGCAGCAAGAGAUAAACCCUGCCACAUGAAACGAAGUGUUUCUGUUGUUGACUUAGCUAGACGCCUCCAUUCUAUAGCGGGGGUCUCCUCUGAGCUGCAGCGCCACUAUACUUUAUCGGCGCCAGCAGCAGCAGCAGCAGCAGCAGCAGCAGCAGCUGCUGCUGCUGCUGCUGCUGCUGCUUCUACUACAGAGGCAACUAAUCCUUUUCUAACUGCUGCUGAUGAUGAUUAUUAUGAUGAUGCUCAGCAGCAGCAGCAGCAGCAGCAGCAGCAGGAGGAACAGCAGAUCCAGCCUCCUCCGCAGCAGCAAGCUGCUCCCGAGGCCCAGCAGCAGCAUCGGCCGCAGCAGCUACCGCAAACGCAGCAGCAGAAACAGCAGCAGCAGCAGCAGCAGCAGCAAGACAGAGGGACAGCAGCAGCAACAGAUAGGGAGCGUAGGAUCAGCAGCAGCAGAAGCAGCAGCAGCAGCAGCAGCAGCAGCAGCAGCAGAAAUAGAUGA